AUGAGUUCCAUGACUACAAUUCUUGUCAUUGCAAUAUGCUUUGUUCAAGCCUUGUAUGCAGGCCUCUCCAUCAUUUCAAUCCUUGCACUAAGGCAGGGCAUGAGCCACUACACCUUUGUGGUGUAUCGUAUGGCCAUUGCAACUGCCUUGGGAAGUCCACUGGCAUGCCCUGUACUGGACCAAAACUUGUACUAUGUGGGCAUGGAGAACUCCAAUGCCACAUUCACAUCGGCCAUGUGCAACAUGCUUCCGGUGUUUGCAUUUGUCAUGGCCUGGAUUUUCAGGUUGGAGAAUGUGGACUACAGACACCCGAGGGGAUUGGCCAAGGUUCUAGGAACCUUGGUUUAUGUGGUAGGAGCAAUCCUCCUUACCAUGGGCCAAUGUACUCAAGUCCUACCCCUGCAAGCUCUCUCUCAUGCUUUGAUUUGCUUCUGGGGUAUGGUGGAAGGAGCAGUGGUGGCUAUUGUGGUUGAAAGGGAAAAUUCAGAAGCAUGGUCCAUACACUUCGACUUCAAGUUGCUCGCAGCUGCUCUUCUAUCAGGGGCUGUAUAUUAUGUCAUGGGGCUGGUUGUGACGAAGAAGGGAACAGUUUUCUACUCUGCCUUUAACCCCUUGGCCACCCUGCUUGUGGCGAUUUUGGGAUCAUUUUUUCUGGCAAAACAAUUUCUCAUCGGAGCUGUAACCAUUGUGGGAGGCCUCUAUCUUGUUCUUUGGGGAAAAGCAAGAGAUCAGCCUCCCUCUUUGAAUGCCAAUGUGGAAGAACCAACUGGAACCCCAACAAUAGACGAUUAA